GUAAUUAAAUAUUUAUUAAUUUUGUCUGCAAUUUCCACUAUAUAUACACACACACACAUAUAUAUGUCUUUGUCUACUUGUUUAAGUUGGAUCAGACUAGAAGCACAGUGCUCCUCCUUAUCAAUCAUCGCUUCACAUUCUCUCUUCACACACAACCAAAAAAAAAAAACAAAGCUAUGGCACGGCCGUCCAGAAUCCUGCAAACGGCGGCGGCGGCGCCGCCGGAGCAAGAGGUCCUCGCGGCGGAGUCCGACAUGGUCGUCAUCCUCUCGGCCCUCCUCUGCGCCCUCAUCUGCGUCGCCGGCCUCGUGGCGGUGGCCCGCUGCGUCUGGAUUCGAAGAUUCACCGGAAAUUCUCCGCCGCCGCCGCCGAAGAAAGGCCUUAAGAAGAAAGCUCUGGAGUCUAUACCGAGAUUCACCUUCUCCUCCGCCGAGCCGCAGCCGGCCACUGACUGCGCCAUCUGCCUCACCGACUUCGCCGACGGCGAGGAAAUCAGGGUUUUGCCACUCUGCGGCCACGCCUUCCACGUUUCGUGCAUCGAUCGGUGGCUAGCUUCGAGGUCGUCGUGCCCGUCGUGUCGCCGGAUUCUUGUACCUUUGAGGUGUGACCGGUGCGGUCACGUCCCGGCGGCGGAGGCCGAGAUCAAGGCGGCGCAAGAUCAGCCCCACCGUCACCACCAGCAUCGGCCGCCACCCACCACGGCGAUCCCUGCUUUUCUUCCAUAACGAUAUUUUUAUUUCUCUUGAGAAUGAAAAAAAAAAGGAAAUAUGUAAAGAGCGAGUUUCAUGGUUAGGGAUUUAGACAAAAUCUGUAAUACUUCAAGAGAUUUGUUUCCUUUGCUCUGAAAUCAGAUGGACCGACUUCAUUCCUUGGU